GACAAUAAAGUCAUGGUGAGAGGCUGCGCCAGACCAGCUACUUCCUUUUGUGGGUGGCGGCGAGAGCGAAGGGAACGCAAUGAAGGCGUCCGGCACGCUGCGAGAAUACAAGGUGGUGGGGCGCUGCCUGCCCACCCCCAAGUGCCAUACACCGCCCCUCUACCGUAUGCGCAUCUUCGCGCCUAACCACGUUGUUGCCAAGUCUCGCUUCUGGUACUUCGUGUCUCAGCUGAAGAAGAUGAAGAAGUCUUCCGGGGAAAUUGUCUACUGUGGGCAGGUGUUUGAGAAAUCCCCCCUGCGGGUGAAGAACUUUGGCAUCUGGCUGCGCUACGACUCCCGCAGUGGCACCCACAACAUGUACCGGGAGUACCGGGACCUGACCACCGCUGGUGCCGUCACCCAGUGCUACCGAGACAUGGGGGCCCGGCAUCGUGCCCGCGCCCACUCCAUCCAGAUCAUGAAGGUGGAAGAGAUCGCGGCCAGCAAGUGCCGCCGGCCGGCAGUAAAGCAGUUCCAUGACUCCAAGAUCAAGUUCCCGCUGCCCCACCGGGUCCUCCGUCGCCAGCACAAGCCACGCUUCACCACCAAGAGGCCCAACACCUUCUUUUAGAUUCAGGGCCUCCCUGUUCCCUGGGCUGCCCGAAUAAACUUCUUGGGAAAACCGG